ACACCUCCUCCAUAUUGUCCGAGGAAUCACAUCAGUUGCCUCCAAGUAUUUCGAUGGACUUGAACGUACUACACGGGAGGACGGGAAGCAAUUGAGGUGGCAAAAGCUCUCUCUGUAGAACAACAGCAACAAAUAUAUAUAGCCUCCGUUAUAGGGAAAAGUUUGGCUAUUUUUCCGUGCCCCAAGUGGGGUGGUGUAUAGUGCAAAAUGCCGGGAGUUGUGUUCGUUGUGUGCAUCCCAACGGCUAAUUACGAAAGAGAUAUAUUAAAUGGUGGAAGUUAUGGCAAUAAUGAAAUAUUGCCACCCCCCAGCAAUAAUUUGAACAUUAGUCCCACCAGGCAGAAUACACCCAGCGACGUCAACACAAAUUCAGCUGGUUUCUUGAGACUUGAACUGGAGCUACGUGACAAGAAUGCCGCGACACCGAGAUUCCGGGCAAAGGCACGGACUCCACCGGUACCGGAAAAUGUUAAAAUACCAAUGGAGAAGGUCCUGGAGGAGUUGCUGAAAAAACUCGAGAUUGAGCAUGUCGUGUGGAGUGUUGAUAAAAAAGGCCACUUUCACCAAGUCAUCUUCCCCCUACAGUCCGGUGAUCCCUGCGAAACCACCCUGCAUUGCCUCACGGAGUUGGGAAUUGGACUUAAACUCGAGUCCAAUGUCAGUGUUGUCCCGUGUUCUGUGACUUUCGAUGCAACCAAAGAUAUUUUCACCGAGGAAGUACUGAGUGAGGAAGAACAAUCCAAGUGGAAUACCUUUGUUGACUCAAUAAGAUCGAAAUUAACAGUGAAGCAAGUUGUGGAUGGCGUAAGGGCUGGUGGAUCGUUAUCCUUUGAUUAUCUCCUCUUAAUUGUCACCGCUGAUUCCUUGGCAGCCCUGGGACUCGUGGAAAAUAAUGCACCCAACAUUACUGCGGCUAUGUUGGUGUCGCCACUCAUGGGACCUGUUAUGUCAAUCACGUUUGGCACAAUAAUUUCCGAUUAUGAGCUUAUGAAAGUUGGCUUUAUAUCGCUCGCCGUGGGGAUGUUCAUAUCGCUGCUAUUUGGCUUCAUAUUCGGCCUAAUUCUGGGUACAACAGAAAUGCCAUGGGGGUUUGGUGAUUGGCCCACAGAGGAGAUGAAAGGCCGAGGAAAUGCACGUUCACUGUGGAUGGGUGUUCUGUGGGCCUUGACAUCCGGAACUGGUGUGGCUGUGGCACUCCUACAGGGCUCUGCCGGUCCACUAAUUGGUGUCGCAAUUUCGGCAUCUCUGCUUCCGCCAGUGGUCAAUUGCGGUCUCUUCUGGGCAUUGGCGUGUAUCUGGCUGAUUUACGAGGAUGUCAAAAUGCCACACUUGAAGGGUGAACCCUAUACCGGAAACUCCAGCUACGUGCCCAUUUAUACGGACUAUAUACCAACUGAAUUCUUUGUAAAUGGCAUAGUUUCGUGUCUGCUAACCGUCGUAAACGUGAUAUGCAUCUUUAUCACAGCCAUCAUCGUGCUCAAAAUCAAAGAAGUUGCCUCACCAUAUACCUCUAGUCCUGAUUUGAGACGAUUCUGGGAAACUGAUAUACGCACAGUGAGAAAAACAAAUCGCUCAACAAUUCGGCGGAAAAAUGCGGCCGAAAGAAAUCCAAUGUAUGAGGAAAUGGCAGAGCCGACAAACAAGAAACUCGGAACUGUUCUGGAGCGAGCACUCAAGGAAGCUGUUGACGAUGACACAUUCAGGAAAGUCAAGAGGAUGAGCUACUCCAGCAAUGCAGCAGACGAGCUUCCGCACAGUCUGGCUCUGCCUCCUGGGGCGGCUGCGAGUCCCACUGGGAGCAGCGGGGGCGGCGCGGGCGGAAGUGUCGCGGGUAGUGGUGGUACAACUAAGACAAUUGGCCAGACCGACCUCGCAACGUUGGACAAAUUAGUCACGUCACUGCUGGAACGCAGCAACAGCCCCCAGUCACGGGGUUCCUUCAGACUCAACCGCCUGCGCUCCCUUUCGCGCUCAACGCGCUCAGACUCCACCAGGCGUCCCGGGAAUGCGGGUGUACCACCCAAUGUGGCCAACAUUGCACCAGACCCAUCCUCCGGAUCGAUGCCAACCAUUCCGGAAGGGGGUAAUCGUACGGCUUCAUGGACAGAGAGAAAUAUUCCAGGGGUGCGUCAGGUUCUCAACACCAUCACGAAUGCUCCGCAUAGAUUCAGUCAUGCUUCCAAUGAGAGAAAUGAGGAGAACACACGACUCACACAGAACACUGACUGAAUAUAUAUCCUGACAUCACUCUCAUCGAUAUUUCUUUAAAUUAUUUUAUAUUUCAAAGCACAUACUCCGAAAGCUUUGCUUUAUUUCUCAAUUUGUUAGAAAAGCUUUUAAAUUUAACUGUUGGAAUAUACUUUGCUUGCAAUAAAGUUCUAUAUUAAAUAAA